GAGGGGCAGCAGAUCAGAAGUUACACUCAUUCAUACAACAGACGGAGCAUGGCUGCUCACUGAGAAGUGUUGCACUCACUUGUUUGUACUUCCUCAGUAGCAAAUUUGCAGUCAAGAACUCGCAUCCCCUCAUUUCCCCUCCAUCUGUUCCUGGCCUGCCAGGAGACUUUUCUGCCUGCUGCAGAGAGCUGCUGCAUGCCACAGAGAGCUUUAUAUGCUACAGUGUCUGCAAAAUUGGAGAAAUGGUUACCAUCACACCUGAAAACAUUGUGCAACUUUACAAUGUUGUGGCCACACAGGAAUUUACAAUCAGUCCAGCAGGUUUCCACAAUAAUUCAAGUGUGCAUCAAAUGAAUGAAUAUGAAUGUAUUAAUCCAGAUGCAUGGAAAUGGCUACAGACUUAUCAGCCUGGAUUCCUUUGGAUUAUAUUUAUUCUGGGAACAAUAGAAAAUGCCUUUGUCCUUAUCGUCCUGUGCUUCCACAAGAGUCGCUGCUCUGUGGCUGAAAUUUACCUAGCAAAUAUGGCAUUUGCUGAUCUAAUGUUUGUCUGUUCUUUACCUUUCUGGGCCAUUAAUAUUUCUAAUAAUUUUCAGUGGACUUUUGGCCUGUUCCUCUGUAAAGCUGUCAACACAAUCAGCUACAUGAACUCUUACUCUAGCAUUUAUUUUCUGACGUUAGUGAGCAUCGAUCGCUAUCUGGCCUUGGUAAAAACCAUGUCUCUGGGACGGAUGCGGCGAACAGCCUGUGCCAAGUGGAACAGCUUUAUAAUCUGGGUGUGUGCACUGUUCAUAUGCUCACCUACAAUGGUGUUCCGAAACUUACAGUAUUUCGAAGAGUACAACAUCACAGCCUGCUUUCUUGAUUAUCCAAACCCCUACUGGCGCCCUGCAAACAAUUGCCUGCUGAAUACUGUGGGCUUCAUGAUCCCACUCUGUGUAAUUACCUAUUGCACUACUCAGAUCACCAAGGCCUUACAGAGUAAUAAGUUACAAAAACUCAAGUUAAUCCAGACAGAGAGGAAAGCCACCUUGCUGGUCCUUGCUGUGCUCUUGCUGUUUGUCAUUUGCUGGCUUCCAUUCCAGAUCAGCACCUUCAUCGACACAGUCUGCCAACUAGCAGGGAAUUUGAAAUGCCUUGAAGAAAUCAAUGAUAUUGUGACCCAGAUGGCAAUGUACUGCGCCUAUAGCAACAGUUGCUUGAACCCAGUCCUGUACGUUAUUGUUGGGAAACACUUCCAGAAGAAGGCAGUGGAAUUCUACAAGGACUUGAUCCCACAAAGGUGCAGAAAAUCACAGUCUGUGAAGACAGAAAACUCCCUGGACACUUUACGAACUUCCAUUUCAAGUGAAUAUCUAAGGAAAAAAUCUGUUUUGCCAUUAUCACAAUAGCACAGUUCAUAAUGGAAAAAAAAACCAAACAUUUUUGAUAUAUCAGUCUCCACUAAUAUGCAUCUGCUAUGAGUCAGCAGAAUGAACACGUAGCAACAUUCAUCAUUGGAGGGAAAGCAAUGGUUUGAUCUUAAAAUCAAACCCAAUACAGUUAAUUGCUUCUAAUAUUACUGGUCAUUUUUCUAACUGAAUCAUUGUUUGUAGCAUAUUUACAUUUUCAUGGCUGAAUUAUAGUGUUUUGCAUGUAUCAUUUGAAAUGAUUGUAUUUCUGUGGAAUAUAAGUGUCAGAAUGCACAUAGAGUUCUCUGAAUAGAGUCCCAGUCUGGAAGCUAUUGUAAGGGCCAUGCAACUACUUAUGGUACCUGUACCCUUGGAUAGAGUACAUUUUUUGAUAGGAUGGAGUUGUAUUUAUGUAAGUUUAAAUGAAUCCAUCAAGACUAUUAUUGAAAUGGAUUUUCAAACAUGGUCAUCUUCUGGGCUUUUUUCUGCUAUAAAGUAAUUUUAUUUACUUGAUUUACAAGCUGAGCCUUCUUGCAAAUGCUGUGACUGCUGAGUGCUGAUUUACUUCUGCCUGUAUGUAUGCAUAGUUCAGAAAAGGCAGCGCAGUAAAGAAAGGAAGGCUGCAGCCAACCUCAUGAAGGCAGUGGAGUUUUCUUUAUAGCAGGAGAAUCUUUACUCCUGCAAUGAGGUAAAGCAUUCACUAUAGAGAGCUCUUUAGAGUUAAUGUUAUUCAAUUUAUACCUAUCCUACAGAUCAGAAACUUGUUUUUGUAUAUUCACAAAGCAUAAUUAAUAUUUGCAAUAUUAUUUAAUGGAAACAAAUGCUCAGUGCAGUGGGCACAAUCUCACAAGAAGAAAAAUAUAGAGAAAAGCAUCACCUCACUGACUUAGAAAGAUGACUGAAGCUAAUAGGGGUCUUGAAUGCUAGGAAUACUCCAAAUAUGGCAUUUUCCAGCUCUAAUACUACCUAAAUUUUAUUUACGGAGUUAGUCUAACUGAUUAAAAUAACAAAAUAAAAUAUAACAUGAGUUAUAACAAAAUAACAAUUCAUAAAUUAGACAAUUUAAAAAUGAAAGAAUUUUACACAGAAGAAGCUCAGUGUCCUUAAUAGCCAGUAAGAACUUUUACUUCUAAGAACCUAGAUCUAAAACCGAAUUGGUGACGAUCUAAAAGCUUCUGAAAACAGAGCCUUCCUGUUCCUUUCAAAGCACUUAAAGUUGGAAUUUUAAUUUAAGUGCUUAAAACUCUGAAGAAAUAGAGUUUUGAGACACCAGUAAACUCAAAAUGCUAAUGUGUGACCUUUAUUCAUAAGAACUGGAAUGGAGUAAUAAAGUUCCAUUCAAGCUAGGAAAUCUGUAUUUAAUCUUCAAGUAACUGCACUAAAGAAACACUCUUGAAGUCUGUGAAUGUGCUAUAUAAACUACAGGAUUUAGAUGGCUGCAGAUAAUUUAUAGACAAUUUCUAUAGGUUUCAUUUAAACACACGUUAUAAUUCUAUGUUAUAAGUAUUUCUACUGUUUGUUCUAUAUAUUGUCCAAGAUGCCUGUGAUGAAACACUGCAAGUCUUACUGUUAUCUCCAAUGUUACCAGUAUCGUCUUGUUCAGGAAUAUGCUGUUCACACAACCUUUAAGUGAAACCAUACAGAGGUUAUGGGGACAAUGGAAGAGAAUUUUGAGUAUUUGGUACUGACAAGUGAAAUAUGAAAAUAUUAUGACAUGUAAAGAAUAUGACAUUAAUUUAAUAUAAAUAAAUAGAUGUGUUAUUUUGCUAUACAGUAAAUAGAUACAACAGAAAAUAAACUACCUUAAGAUAUGAAA